AUGGCUACCAGCACCACGGGCUCCACGCUGCUGCAGCCCCUCAGCAACGCCGUGCGGCUGCCCGUCGACCAGGUCAACUUUGUAGUGUGCCAACUGUUUGCCUUGCUUGCGGCUAUUUGGUUUCGAACAUACCUUCAUUCAAGCAAAACUAGCCCAUUUAUAAGACAUGUUGUUGCAACCCUCUUGGGCCUUUAUCUUGCACUUUUUUGUUUUGGAUGGUAUGCCUUACAUUUUGUCAUACAAAGUGGAAUUUCCUACUAUAUCAUGAUCAUAAUAGGAGUGGAAAAUAUGCACAAGUAUUGCUUUGUUUUUGCUUUGGGAUACCUCACUGUGUGCCAAAUUACUAGAGUCUAUAUCUUUGAUUAUGGACAGUAUUCUGCUGAUUUUUCUGGUCCAAUGAUGAUAAUUACACAGAAGAUCACUAGUUUGGCAUUCGAGAUUCAUGAUGGAAUGUUUCGGAAAAAAGAAGAUUUGACUCCAUCACAGAGGUGCUUGGCUGUAAGACGCAUGCCAAGUCUACUGGAGUAUUUAAGUUACAACUGUAAUUUCAUGGGUAUCCUGGCAGGCCCGUUAUGCUCUUACAAAGACUAUAUUACUUUCAUUGAAGGCAGAUCAUACCAACUGCAACAGUCUGAAGCAAAUGGGAAGGAAGAUACAAAAUAUGAACAAACGGAUCCUUCUCCAAAUAUAGCCGUGGCACAGAAACUCUUAAUCUGUGGACUGUCCUUACUCUUCCACAUGACUAUUACAAAAACUUUGCCUGUGGAAUACAACAUUGAUGAUAACUUCAGAGCUACGGCAUCAUGGCCUGUAAGGUUUUUCUACCUAUACGUGUCUCUUAUGGCUGCCAGACCCAAGUAUUACUUUGCAUGGACUUUAGCAGAUGCAAUUAAUAAUGCAGCAGGGUUUGGUUUUAGAGGCUAUGAUAAAAAUGGAGUUACACGUUGGGAUCUAAUAUCAAAUCUCAGAAUCCAGCAAAUAGAGUUUUCCACAAGUUUCAAGAUGUUUCUUGAUAACUGGAAUAUCCAAACAGCUCUUUGGCUUAAAAGAGUGUGCUAUGAGCGAGCCACCUUCAGCCCAACGAUCCAAACCUUCAUCCUUUCUGCCAUUUGGCAUGGGGUUUAUCCAGGAUAUUAUUUAACAUUUUUAACAGGAGUACUAAUGACACUAGCAGCACGAGCUAUAAGAAACAAUAUCAGACACUAUUUUGUUGAAUCUCCUGCUGUUAAACUAUGUUAUGAUAUUAUAACAUGGAUGGCAACUCAAGUAGCAAUAAGUUACACAGUCGUGCCAUUUGUACUGCUCUCUGUAAAACCCUCUUUCACCUUUUACAGCUCCUGCUAUUUCUGUCUUCAUAUUGCCAGCAUCCUGGUGUUGUUGGUAUUUCCAUUGAAAAGAACUCAAAAAGGAAGUAAAAAGCAUGAAAGCAUCCAGCCCGUUUGGUCCAAAAAACUAGAAGAAGAAAAUCUUUUGCAAAAGAACAGUUAUUCCACAACAAAUAAUAGUUUCAGUCAGAAACAAGAAAUAACCUGCAGAUAUCAAGCAUUAAAACAGUGA